AUGCUUCAAGGCCGACUUAACGACGCCGCCGUCGCCCUCCACCGAAUUCUGGCCCCAGCUAAUAUUCGGUUCGGUAUAUUCGGUGGCUAUGCCAUUGGCGUGUUAGGCGGUCCCCGGGAGAGCAAAGAUAUUGACUGUCUCGCCUCCGUCUCCAAGCAGCAGAUUGUCGCUCUCCUGGAUGGGAAGGGUGGGUUCGCUGCAAUUCCUCAGGGUCGGCAGGACUAUGUCGCAUUUCUGUGGUCCGAUAGACCCGAUCGAGGCAACGCGGUGCUUGUGGAGAUCUUCUGUGAGCGGUUUGCAGGCGCUCAGUACAAUAUGAGCGGCAUACAAGCCACCGUCCGUACAGUCAGCGGGCAAAGCUUCGGCAACGGCCCUUCCAGCUUCCUCGAUCCAUUUCUCCUCUUUAAAGGCAAACUUCGUGCCGCAGCAACUCGGUCAAAAUUCCACGAUUCCGCCGAUCUCCGAUGGUUAGCUGAUCGAUAUAGCGCCGCUAUUCAGGCACGACGGGAUGAGUUAAACCCGCAGUACAUUGGCCUUGCGAUGAAGAGGUACCCCGAACUUGAGCUUCUGUUUGGUCGGUUAGGGGUUAAUAUUGCGGGGGCUAAGCAUUCUGUGCGUGAUCUAAGCCCUUCGAGACUUCCAGCGCCGGCACCUGGGGACGUUCAGAGGGGAUUGCUGGGAUAG